UUGACAAAGUAUCCCGUUCAAGAACCUCUCAAACCGUGGCCGCGUGGACCGCAAAAUUCAGCUUUAAAACUACGGCGAAGAGAAGAGACGAUUUACAUCGAGAAAAAAAAAAAUGAUGAAGAAACUAAUCGCCGUCGCUGCGGAGGCGCUGCAAAGUCGCCGCCGGCCGUCUCUCAUGACCACUUGCCGCCGCCAUUCAACCUCUGUUUCCUCCGCCGUCAACUCCUUACUGCUCCGCUCCCUCAAAGAACACUAUCUCGAGAUCUCCAGAAUGACGCCUCCUCCGAAGGUGAGCCCUCCUUCACCGUUUUCGAUCAUUAAAGGCGCACUAGAUAGCAAUGGUCCAGUGCUUACGAGGAACUUCGGUGAAGAAGAGGUUAACAUUUCAGUUAUGCGAUUGGCCAAUAUCGUCCCUGGAGGCGGCGGAGACGACGACGGAGAUGAGGAAAUAAACCAGUUGUUUCUUCACGUGACUGUGUCGAAGCCAGAGCAGAGGGAUAAUUUACAUUUCCUUUGUGGGCUGUAUCCUGACGCGUUAGGUAUUCAUUCCGUCUCCAUGAGACCCAGAGCCGAAUCCUCGGGAUUCCUUGUUGUUCCAUCGGGCUAUAAUGGUCCAGUGUUCGAAGAUCUAGAUGAAAAGAUGCGAGAUGUGCUUCACAAUUAUAUAGAUGAGCGAGGUGUAAAUGAGUCUCUCUUUCCAUUUCUUCAAGCAUGGCUUUAUGUUAAAGAACAUCGAAAUCUCAUGCGGUGGUUCAGAUCAGCUGGUUCAUUCAUCAAUGAACGCAAGGGUGCUAAAGAGAAUUGAUACAAGAGUUAGUCCAAAUGCUAGAUUUCGUGGAUUCAUGGUUCCAUCUCCAUAAUUGGUUAGGUGUAUUAGGUAAAUGGUCCUAGUUCAUUUUAAUUAUACAAUUUUGUAAGCCCCUAGCUGAUGAUUUUUUUUCUUGCAAAAGUGAUUAACAUUGAAUUCACAAAUCAAUUACUAUAUAUUGUAGUUUGAUUUCUGUGGGCUCUGUUGCUAACUUCUUGUCUAUAAAACUCUUCUUUAUUCA